GGUUCUGACCAGUCAGUCGCCUUUGAUUAUCAGUUGCCAGCAGCCCCUCUCUUGGCUCCUUGACACGAGCACCAUAUAAGGCGCAGCGAUCUCCAUAGAAACGUGUCAGUUUCAAUAGUAGUGUCAAAGUUCACUAUAUACAGACAUUCGCGCAGAUCUCCGUUUCGGAAACAUUGCUCCGCUGGUACUCCGUUAAAGCGCAUUCUUUUUGGGGGGGGUCUCGGUUUCUUACAUAUUCCAUCAGGUUUUUUUUUUCUUUUCUUUUUUCUUCUUCUUCUUUUCCUUGCUCUGUUCUUACUGGAGAGGUGAAACUACAUGGGCACUCCGACGACGUUGUUGUUGUUUUUUCUGCUGGACCAGAUGAGCUUUAUUCAUGAACAUAGAUAGAGAAAUCCGUUCUUCAGUGUUUCCUCCUCUUCAACCGCGAAGACGGAGAGAAGAGCAAGGAAGAAAAAAAGAAGGGAAUUUAUUUUGCACAGCACCUUGGAUCUCCGCUGCUCCAGAAAGCUAUUCUUUUUGCUUCAGCAUCAAUGUGAAGAAUUUUCAUUGCGACAUUUUUUAAGAAAACUGGUUUCUUUUCAUACCGUCUGGGAUCGCUUUCUCGAUACGCGAUUGGGUUCCCGAAUGGCUGACUGCAAUUUACCUUGGAACUGGCCUCCUGACAAUUGCAUAUCCUGAUCGGGUGCCUUUCUAUCGACUCCAGUAUUUUGAAUGUAUUGACCAUUUUCUGCUCCUACUUUUUUUCUAUGAGAUUGAGUGCUCCGAUUUGACUUCGCGCUGCCGUUCGUCCAAGGCUUCCCUUUAUCCCUGCUCCGAUAUCCGAGCGACCAGUUCGCUUGAAAGCACUUUUCGGGCCCGAGAUAUGGCAAUGGUAGUUAGCGUCUGGCGAGAUCCGCAGGAAGACGUGGCCGGAGGACCUCCGAGCGGCCCCAAUCCAGCAGCUCAGCCGGCGAGGGAGCAACAGCAGGCGGCGUCAGCAGCACCACACACUCCGCAAACCCCCAGUCAGCCAGGACCCCCGUCCACACCGGGCACGGCUGGCGACAAGGGUAGUCAAAAUUCUGGACAGAGCCAGCAGCAUAUAGAAUGUGUUGUUUGCGGAGACAAAUCGAGCGGCAAGCACUAUGGUCAAUUCACCUGCGAGGGAUGCAAAAGUUUCUUCAAGAGGAGUGUCCGAAGGAACUUAACAUAUACAUGUCGUGCCAACAGGAACUGUCCUAUUGACCAGCAUCAUCGUAAUCAGUGCCAAUAUUGUCGGCUAAAGAAGUGCUUAAAAGUGGGCAUGCGGCGGGAAGCGGUUCAGCGAGGAAGAAUGCCUCCAACACAACCGAACCCGGGCCAGUAUGCGCUAACGAACGGGGAUCCUCUGAACGGGCAUUGUUAUCUCUCCGGAUACAUCUCGUUACUGCUUCGGGCCGAGCCUUAUCCUACGUCUCGCUAUGGCAGCCAGUGCAUGCAGCCCAAUAAUAUUAUGGGGAUCGAGAACAUCUGUGAGCUUGCAGCUCGCCUGCUCUUCAGUGCUGUGGAAUGGGCGAGGAACAUCCCUUUCUUUCCCGACCUGCAGAUCACCGACCAGGUGUCCCUUCUCAGACUGACAUGGAGCGAGUUGUUUGUGCUAAACGCGGCGCAGUGCUCCAUGCCCCUGCAUGUGGCCCCGCUGCUCGCCGCUGCCGGCCUGCACGCUUCGCCGAUGUCGGCCGACCGCGUUGUGGCCUUCAUGGAUCACAUUCGUAUCUUCCAGGAGCAGGUGGAGAAGCUCAAAGCUCUGCACGUCGAUUCCGCAGAAUACAGCUGCAUCAAGGCAAUAGUGCUUUUCACAUCAGACGCUUGCGGCCUGUCGGAUGCCGCGCACAUCGAGAGCCUGCAAGAGAAGUCUCAGUGCGCCCUGGAGGAGUACGUGAGGAGCCAGUACCCGAACCAGCCCAGUCGCUUUGGCAAGCUUUUACUGCGGCUGCCUUCUCUCCGCACUGUCUCUUCCUCAGUAAUUGAACAGCUGUUCUUCGUUCGCUUGGUAGGUAAAACUCCCAUUGAAACCCUCAUCAGGGAUAUGUUAUUAUCCGGGAGCAGCUUCAACUGGCCCUACAUGUCCAUUCAAUGAUCCGAAUGAGCGAAUGAAACAAAAAGACUAAAGGACCACAAUUCUGCAACCCCUUUCAAGAAGACUAUAUAUAGGACCUAAUUUCUGACCACUUAGGAAGACACUGUUGUUUUUUUUUUUUUUUUUUUUUUUUGUCUUCUGGGACCGAAAUGGAAUAUGUAAUGUACAAAGAUUAAAGGACUGGACUUGCUCCCGUGUAAAUCCAUCGUCGUCAUCAAGAACACUCUUCAUUUUGUAAAAUACUAGUCUUUAUUUUCUUUUUUCUUUUUUUUUUUCUUUGUAAAGAACAAAAUACGUACAAAUAAAAUGAAUUACAUCAUAUGCGCAGUAAAUGAGCAAGACUUAGCGGGAAAGUAAUGUUUCCAAGCAAUUAUAAGAAAUGUCCUGUGUCUAUGUAUCUCUGUUUUGUAUUUUUUCUGGUUCUAAACCAGUUUUUCUGUGAUUCUAUACUAAUGAUUUUUGAUAUAACCUUUUGCUUCUUAUAAUGAGUGCGAUAUUUGUUGUUGAAGCUAUGUUCUCCAAGAAUUAAAAUUGAAGUGAGAAUUUAAAAAUAAAGAAAAACGUUAGUCAAAUAAGACAGUCUAAUCGCAAUGACAAUAUACUGAUGGUUGAACCUCCCCCCACUUGAUGCUAUGGACAUGCAACUUCGGCAAAACUGACCUCAUGGACAUUUUAAGGAGAGGACACCGGUGAAACUUUUUUUUCUUGGUCGUGUGUGUGUGUGUGUGUGAGAGAGAGAGAGAGAGUGUGUGAGUGUGCGCGAGAGUGUGUGUUGAGUCAAUCAUCAUCCAGAGUUAAAAGACAUGAAAAUCAAAAGCACUUUUAAUAUAUCAUUUUCAAAUACAUUUUGUUUGUUUCGUCUUGAUAUUUUCGCUAUUUCUUUUAUAUUAUUAUUAUUGGAUGUUGCCUUUCAUUUUUGCUCAAUCCAUGAUAUGCCUGUGCUGAAGGGUCGCGUGAUAAAGUUGUGUGAUGGUGACUAUACUAUUAAAAAGGAAAUAGGCAACACUGUCUCGCUCUCAGCAAAUUCAAUGUUGUUCAUGCUAUUGCUAUAUAAGCCAUUCUGAUGGAGGGUCUUUGGGGUGUGCUUUACAUGGAUGCAGUGGUGCAAAAGGAAAUACUUUAUUUCUGUUUGGUAAGGAAGGACAACGAAAAAACAUAGGUUUGUUUCAUUAAAACGUUUUGUUGUUGACAUGUAUGUUGACAUUACAUUUCAAACCCGCCGAGAACUUUCCGGUGAUCCAUCAAGGGAAUUUCUGAAAUACUGUAAAACCUUAGAAUACCACAGAUGUUACAAAUGCAAGCAUUUGAUUACAUUUAAGCGGCAUAUUUAUUCUCUGUGCUCUCUUUGGUGAGCAUGUGCGUUUUCUAUAUUAUCUGGAGGCACCGCAUCGUGCGCAGAAUAAGAUUUCUGUGACGUUGCUGCCGACUGGUUCAAAGAUCUAUGCCUGUUUCAGCGCAUUAAUGUUUAAUAUUUUUCCCAGGCUGAACUGAAAUACUUGCUCACAGUCGAGGGAAAGAUGAACAGAAAUACCAGCCCUCUAAUAAGGCAAUGAAGUUUUCUUCCUCACCACAGUGUUGAGAAGCAAAGAUGAGAGAAAAAGAAAACAAAUUCAUCUAGACAAACAGACUAUUACUUUGAGGUGACAGUGAACGGAUCUGUGUUAGGACAGAUGUUUUCACUAGGAACGUAAUAGCAGUUAUAGCCCUUGUAUGAUCAAUCUAAGAUAUGUAUAAUGCCGCAUGUAAGCCGGUCGAUAGGAACACUAAAUGUGAUGCAUUGAACCGAGAUAGGGAGAAAUGCAUGUGCAGACUCAUAUGAUUGGCCAGAACCAUGAGAGGAAAGCACGCGAUUGUCCUUAAUACACACGUAAAUAUAUUUACGUUGUUGAGUUAUACCUACUGUCAAGAACUUCUGCUGACCCCAGUGUCACUGACAUUUUUAUCAAGUGCUGCUUUUUUUAUAUAUCCAAUCAUUAUGUUGGUUCUCGGUUUGUUUCCCAUAAAGAGAGCUUUACCUAAUAACAGAAAUAAAAUGCGGGUUUGAUUUAUCCCGUGCAGUAAUUAUGUGUGAAUUAGAUUGUUUUUCAGUAAACCUACCAGGUAAUACUGGCGUUGACAUAUGUUUCAUGCAAAUAAUCUUUUUGCUUGUAGCGCAGUUUUAAGCUGUCUGUGGUUCAGCAUAUAAGAUGGAGUCAAAGCGGGCUGCAAGAAACCACAUGGCCAAAAUAUUCCAUUCUCUUUUUAUUCGAAAUAUACAAAUGUACUAUUUACAUAUGCUCGCAAAGGCCGAUAAUGCUUAAUGCCUAUGAGCGUUAAUUUCACCAGCGUUUAUAGCCUGUUGAUUGCCUCUGCUGUUAUUUUACCCAUUACAAAAAUAAAUAAAUAAAUAAAUAAAUAAAAAUAAAAUAAAAUCGUCAGGAAAAAGUGUACUGCAAGCGAGACCAUAAAGGCCUAGUUCUUCUUUCUUAUUUUCUGACUGGUUACCUCAGAUGUUCAAAACAAUGGCUCUGUCUUGGUUAAAUAUGUUCAGAUUAGUCGCUAUAAGGAGAGAGGGAUGAAAUACACCGGGGGAAUUCUGCUGAUCUCAUGGAGGAAAAGUAGAGAGACUUUUCGUAUCAUAUUCAAUGCGUUGUCGAUUUUUAAAAUCAUAGUCAGUAGGCCUAAAAUUGCCCCUAAACAAUAACAAAGGCAAGUGUGCCCUUGUUUUUUAGUGAUAUAAUGCUUUGACUAAAGUGUUGACCAUCCCAUUGAGCAUAAACUUAAAACACUUUCAUGUUCACCAGUAAUGAGAUCAAAAUCCCUGAAGAUUUUUUCCCCCUCUAUUUCACGGGAAAUAGCCGAAUGAGAGGAACGCAUUCUAUUGAGAUUUACAUUUGUUGGACUUGAGGCUAUAUAAAGCAAUAGUUGCUAAGGACUUACUUCGUGCCAUGUGUUCCUAAUUAACAAAGCAAAAUGUAUCCAUAAAAGAACAUGAAUCAUAUGCAACAAGAAAAAAAAAAAAGAAAAAAAAAGAAAGAAAAAAAAAGCUAUUCUGUUCUCUGAGAUACAUGCAUAUGUCAGCCUGUGUUGUGUACUCAUGCGCGGAUGUUUGAAUUUAUCCUUUCUAUUUCGUACAUUUUAAAUACACUUGAUCUCUAAUUGAAUGCCAGUCGUUAACGUCGAUUUCUCACUUAGAUUUGAAGUAGGUUAGGGCGUUUGCAUGGUAGUUUUACCUCACGAAAAGCACUACCGAAGGCACAUUCAGUUUCCAGCAGAAAAUAAAUUGUCACUGUGCGCUUGGAAUGUAACUGCUGUUAGCUUAGUCACGCUUGACUGAGGUACGAGUGUUUAUCUGACAAGUUUAGGAUGUUCGGACAUAAUUUAUCGUUUUUCACGUUGUCUGCUUGGAGGUGAAGAACAGAGGCCUGAGCGUCUGGUUAAGACGUCUGCGUUUCUUCGAUCUGGAGCACUUUAGUCGUUACAGUGGUAUAUCCAAAGGAAGCUUAAUUUGUGUUGUUUCAUUUAAUAAGCAAAACACACAAGCAAGGAGUGAUAUCAUGUCAAAGAUCCAUCCAUCCAUCUAUCCAUCCAUCCAUCCAUCCAUCCAUCCAUC